AAGGCAAUGUCGAACAUUCAGGGCCGUGGCGGUGUCCUGUUGGCAGGAGCGUGGCUUGGGUAUGGAUUUCAUGAGGCCGGGUUUACGUCCAGUUUGCGCGCCGUCGUGGAGCAUAUCCAUGGUAUUCAGCUUCUUCGAUAUAGCUGGUGCUGA